CGGUGCAUUCCGUUAACCAUUUUCAUUCACCUCAGUCUCUUCUUCUCUCCGUCGGCAGUAGCAGCGAUGGUUCUCUCCAAAACCGCCUCUCAGCAAGACGUCUCCGUGCACUCUACGUUCGCCUCUCGAUAUGUUCGCGACGCGCUUCCGCGGUUUAAGAUGCCGGAGAAUUCGAUUCCGAAGGAAGCAGCGUAUCAGAUCAUUAAUGAUGAGCUGAUGCUGGACGGGAAUCCGAGGCUGAAUCUGGCCUCGUUCGUGACGACGUGGAUGGAACCGGAGUGCGACAAGCUGAUUAUGGCUGCAAUUAACAAAAACUAUGUUGAUAUGGAUGAGUACCCUGUCACUACUGAGCUACAGAACCGUUGUGUAAACAUCAUAGCAAAUCUGUUCAAUGCCCCGCUCGGCGACGGCGAAGCUGCCGUCGGGGUCGGAACCGUUGGCUCGUCCGAAGCCAUAAUGCUCGCCGGAUUGGCGUUCAAGAGAAAAUGGCAGCACAAGAUGAGAGCGCUCGGCAAGCCUUGCGACAAGCCGAACAUCGUUACUGGCGCCAACGUUCAAGUGUGUUGGGAGAAAUUCGCGCGCUACUUUGAGGUCGAGCUCAAGGAAGUCAAACUCCGAGAUGGAUACUAUGUCAUGGACCCCGAAAAAGCCGUUGAAUUGGUCGACGAGAACACCAUUUGCGUCGCCGCGAUCCUUGGCUCCACUCUCAAUGGGGAAUUCGAAGAUGUCAAGCUGCUAAACAAUCUUUUGUCCGAGAAGAACAAACAAACCGGAUGGGAUACGCCAAUCCAUGUGGAUGCUGCGAGCGGUGGAUUCAUUGCGCCAUUUUUAUACCCGGACUUAGAAUGGGAUUUUAGGUUGCCUUUAGUGAAGAGCAUCAACGUGAGUGGGCAUAAGUACGGGCUCGUAUACGCAGGUAUCGGAUGGGUCAUUUGGCGGAGCAAAGAGGACUUGCCGGAGGAACUUGUUUUUCACAUUAACUACCUCGGCGCCGAUCAACCCACAUUUACCCUCAACUUCUCCAAAGGCUCGAGCCAAGUGAUCGCCCAAUACUAUCAGCUCAUUCGCUUAGGUGCCGAGGGAUACCGUAACAUCAUGGAGAACUGCCAAGAAAAUGCGACGAUUCUAAAGGAAGGGUUGGAGCGAACGGGGCGGUUCAACAUCAUAUCGAAGGAGCAAGGCGUGCCGUUGGUGGCCUUCAGCCUCAAGGACAGCAGCCGCCACAACGAGUUCGAGAUCUCGGAGAUGCUCCGGCGGUUCGGGUGGAUCGUGCCGGCGUACACGAUGCCGCCCGAUGCGCAGCAUGUGACGGUCCUCCGCGUGGUCAUCCGCGAGGAUUUCUCGAGGACUCUGGCGGAGCGGCUGGUGCUGGACAUCGAGAAGGUCCUGCAGGAGCUCGACUCGAUCCCGGCGAGAGUGACGGAGAAGCUGACGGGGGCGACUCCGGUGGAGGACCGGCCGCCGGCGGUGGUGAAGAAGACGGCCAUGGAAGUGCAGAGGGAGAUCACUACUGCUUGGAGGAAGAUGGUGGCCGACGGGAAGAAGACCAAUGGAGUCUGCUAAAUUAAAAUUAAUUAUUGAAAUUAGUUCGUCGGAGAUAUGAGUUUCGUGGAAAAUAAGGACGUCGUUCUUGUGUGUGUGAUAUGAUGAUGUGAAAGUUUGUGUUGAUUUACUAUGCAAACUAAUAUGACGAGCUUGUUUGUUUGGCUUUGCA